AUGGUAUUCGGCACUGCAGGCGUUGGUGGAAGGCCGGUUGCCACGGGUCUAUGUAACAGGGAUGUGAAAACACUGAGCAGAGCGAUGCGCAGCUAUGAUGGAUCUACUUCAACAUGGAACAGGGAACCGCCCGACGAGGUGCGAAAAGGAAACGUUGACCACUCAAACAUGGACGAAGUCAAGGCCUUCUUUGAGAAAGUGGAACGAGACCACAACGGACAGCUGGACAUACUUGUCAAUAACGCCUACUCUGCAGUAAAGACUAUUAUUGCCAUGACAGACAAGCCAUUCUACGAGUGUCCGCCAGAAAUGUGGGAUGAAGUGAAUAACGUGGGGCUGAGAAAUCACUACUUUUGUUCCGUGUAUGCUUCUCGAAUGAUGGUUAAGAAUGGCAGCGGCUUGAUUGUGAACAUCAGUUCAAUUGGUGGAUUAAGGUAUUUUUUCAACGUACCAUAUGGAGUUGGGAAACAAGCGCUGGAUAGAAUGUCGGCUGAUAUGGCCUUGGAACUAAAGGCGAGUUGGUCAAAUCCCAAAAAUGUUUGCGUUGUGUCACUUUGGCCCGGUGCUGUACGAACGGAGUUGAUUACCAACUUGCUGAACACAGCGCAUGCAGCGGCAUCAGACGAGCGCGCGCAGAUGUUCCGAGAAGGUGAGACGACUGAAUAUUCAGGGAAGGCUGUUGUAGCUUUAGCGAGCGACGAUAGAAGGAUGGAGAAGACGGGUCGCGUAUUAAUGACGGCGGAUAUGGGAAAUGAGUAUGGAUACAAGGAUAUUGAUGAUCGUUAUCCACCAAAUUUCCGCAGUGUGUCCUUCCUAUUACAUUAUGGCGGGUUCAAGCAGACUGCUGAGUGGAUACCAUCAUGGGUAAGACUACCUGGCUGGCUCUUAUGGGGAGCUCACAACCGAUUGUGA